AUCACCGCAGCAACCACAACCAGCAACACACACAGGGCAGCCAAGCGAAGCUCGCCGGAGAGAGAAGCGAAGAUGUCGGGCCGCGGCAAGGGAGGGAAGGGGCUGGGCAAGGGCGGAGCCAAGCGCCACCGGAAGGUGCUCCGCGACAACAUCCAGGGCAUCACCAAGCCGGCCAUCCGCCGUCUGGCGCGCAGGGGCGGCGUGAAGCGCAUCUCGGGGCUCAUCUACGAGGAGACCCGGGGCGUGCUCAAGAUCUUCUUGGAGAACGUCAUCCGCGACGCCGUCACCUACACGGAGCACGCCCGCCGCAAGACC